AUGGCGUCCGUGACGUUCGCAGUAAUACUGCUGGGUUUAUGUGCUCGGAUCUGCGAAUGCUCACAGUUGGAUGCAGAAGAAUGCCAGGGGGAUUGCGCAAGUCUCACUUGCAGUAUUUUUUUGUGUUUUGAUCUUAUUUGUGCAGUGUGGGGGCUUUUCGUGACCAAGACCCCUUCGGGACCAGUUCUAGAGGGUGAUGAAGUCACGCUCACCUGUGCCUUUGACAGUGGCAUUUUGGGAUUUAUUGAAUGGCGGCACAGUCUGGAUCGGGAAACAUCGACCACUCUCACCGAGCCGACGCACACUACGGACAACACCGACUUGACCUUGAAGGGCAUGUUCAGGAACCAGUCUGGUUGGUACCGAUGUGCUGGGAACAGGUUCUUGGCAGACCCUUGGAACCCGAAUCAGUUGUCUGAUUGGACUGCUGUUGUGACCUACUAUGGCCCUGAAAUCAGCAAUAAAGAAAGAACCUGGAUUGGUGCGAACGACAACCAAACUGCAACCUUAGAGUGCAUCAUACAAGGCAAUCCCCUCCCCAAUGUCACUUGGUACGGUCCAAACGACACCAUUAUAACCGACGACACAUUCCCUGACCGGAUUUCACUGGAAGAUACCAUUUCCGGAGAUGGGGUGUUUGGAUAUCAUAUCGUUAGUCGGAUGGUCUUCGGUCCAGUGGAGAACAGCACGGAUUAUGGGAUGUACAGGUGUAGGGCUGCCAGCAGCAUCGGUACAUUUGACGAGCAUGAGAUACAGCUGAAAGAAACGGGAAAUCCUGAACCCCCAAAGGGACUUCAGGUAGAUCACGCAACGGCCGACCAUCUCUGGGUCAAAUGGAAGCCGGGAUACGACGGAGGCGAGAAGUUAGAGCAUUUGUUUUCCAACAUUCGCAACAUUCCAGAAGAGUUUGAUCCACUUGCCUGGAUCUCAAUUUGGCCUUAUUCUGUUUCGGAAUCUUACUAUGACCUCCAACCAGACACUCUCUACCAAGUAGCAGUGUAUGCAACCAACAAGCAUGGCUCCAGUCCUUAUGCGACUCUGAUUGUGCGCACAAUCCCCGGAUAUCCGGAUGAAAUGGGUAUAACAGUGUCAUACAUCCAGGCACAAGGUAAGUUUGUCAUCGUCGGUAUACCGGAAGACGACGACGCCGGAACCUGCCUACGACUUGAGGUACAUGACGAAGCUCAAGGGGAAUGGGUGAGUCUGAGGCCAGACCUGGACUGCAUUCAGCAUGACGGGGACUUCCUGUACUCCGGCCCCUAUCCCACAGACCACUUCCGCUAUCUAUACUGUCGGGACGACGUGUGCGGUCACUGGUCUUAUGUUACUGUUGUCACACCGACAGUCACUCCACAGCCCACCCGUCCCACGGUUGCCACAGGUGAUGAUACGGUGAUCAUAGCUGUGUGCGUGGCUGCGGCCAUUUUUCUCCUGCUAGUGGCCAUUGCAUUUUGUUACAAACGCAAGUGCUGCAGCGGUAAACCUCAAGAUGAAGUGGGGAGGACUGCGCUACAACCAAAUUCGACAGUUGAGGAAUUCAACCCUUCGUACGACCCGCCUCCAACCUACGUGCAAGCAGUUGAACUGGAAGCCGAAAAUAACGAUGACCCCCCACCGGCGUACGAUUGUGUGCCAUCUCACGAAGCCCCGCAGGUUACGGAUGAAAACGAAGAGCAAGUCUAGUUGCCUAUUUGACCGUACAUGGAGCAAGGGAGACACAUAUGACAAAAUGCAGAUGUUACCCUAGGGCGUCUUACACCUACACUCUUUGAAAUACUGUGGUUAUUGAUUUCAAAUUUGGUUUUCUCUCACAUUUUCAAUCAUUUGCCUGGAUUGUCUAACCGUUUUGAAUAAUUGAACUAUUUCCCAUGCGUUUGUAUACAAUUUUUCUCCAAAAACUACAACAAAAACCAAAACAAAAAAUCCACGAUUCAAUAUUUCCUGAAAAAGGAAGGAAAUACGACCACAAAUUGUUUCUACGAAUGUCUGAUUAUUUUUUUUAAUUAAAGUUUAAUUUUUACUUCAUAUUAAACUUACAUUUGGAUGUGCUUUUGCAUGUAGACGUUGUGUAACUUGCGAUUUACGUAAUAGAUUAGGGACGUGUCUUUCUUCUUGAUUCGCAUUGCAUUGUAAAUAUAAUAUGUAUUACCGAGACUCCAUCUCGAUUCAUUUACAUUUAGACCAGUGGUCUUUUUUGAUAAAUACCGAUUGAUAGCAUUAUCACAUGCUUACUUG